AUGGUGGUGGUGGGUGCUGGGGAGUUUUGGAAUGGCGCAGACAUUGGUGGUGGGUUUUCGGUGAUAUUGGGCGGUAAAUUUUCGAUGGUGGAGGUGGGUUUUGGAAUAGUGGAGUUUCGGCGGUGUGGGUGGUGGGUUUUCGGUGGUGUGGCUGGGGAGUUUUGGAAUGGUGAAGACAUUGGUGGUGGGUUUUCGGUGAUAUUGGGUGGUGAAUUUUCGAUGGUGGAGGUGCGUUUUGGAACAGUGGAGUUUUCAGCGGUGUGGGUGGUGGUUUUUCUGCAAUGGUGA